GCUAAUCGGAGCGGGUGGGUGUGGACGGCCCUCUGGACCCCGCCUCCCCGGAGCUGGGCAAUUAAGAGCCGCGCGCCGGGCGGGAAUGUAAGAUGGCGGAGUAGCAACGCUUAAGCAUUUUGUACCGAGUCUCUGGGGCGACUUCGGUCCUGGUCUCCACAGCAGCCGCGAUUGCCGAGAGGCCAAGGCAGUGGACCAAGAUGCCGAACAUCAAAAUCUUCAGUGGCAGCUCCCACCAGGACUUGUCCCAAAAAAUUGCCGAACGCCUGGGCCUGGAGCUAGGCAAGGUGGUGACUAAGAAAUUCAGCAAUCAGGAGACCUGUGUGGAAAUUGGUGAGAGUGUACGAGGAGAGGAUGUCUAUAUUGUUCAGAGUGGUUGUGGUGAAAUCAACGACAAUCUAAUGGAACUUUUGAUCAUGAUUAAUGCCUGCAAGAUCGCCUCCGCACGCCAAGUUACUGCAGUCAUCCCUUGUUUCCCUUAUGCCCGGCAAGAUAAGAAGGAUAAGAGCCGGGCUCCCAUCACAGCAAAGCUUGUUGCAAACAUGCUAUCAGUUGCAGGUGCAGAUCAUAUUAUCACCAUGGACCUGCAUGCUUCUCAAAUUCAGGGCUUUUUCGACAUCCCAGUGGACAACUUGUAUGCAGAGCCUGCUGUCCUGAAGUGGAUAUGGGAGAACAUCUCUGAGUGGAGGAACUGUACUAUUGUCUCACCCGAUGCUGGCGGAGCUAAGAGAGUGACCUCCAUUGCAGACCGGUUGAAUGUAGACUUUGCCUUGAUUCACAAAGAACGGAAGAAGGCCAAUGAAGUGGACCGCAUGGUGCUGGUGGGAGACGUGAAGGAUCGGGUGGCCAUCCUGGUGGACGACAUGGCUGACACUUGUGGCACAAUCUGCCAUGCUGCUGACAAACUUCUCUCAGCUGGAGCCACAAGAGUUUAUGCUAUCUUGACUCAUGGAAUCUUUUCUGGCCCAGCCAUUUCUCGUAUUAACAACGCAUGCUUUGAAGCAGUAGUAGUUACCAACACCAUACCUCAGGAGGAUAAGAUGAAGCAUUGCUCCAAAAUACAGGUGAUUGACAUCUCCAUGAUCCUCGCAGAAGCCAUCAGGAGAACUCACAAUGGGGAAUCGGUUUCUUACCUGUUCAGCCACGUCCCUUUAUAAUAGAAUAAUUGACCAAGGCUUUUUAAAAAUAAACUGAACCCCGUCCCUGUUUUCCCUUGAUAUUUGGUGAAAAUUUGAGCAAGAAGACCCAGCUUGCUCUAGUGUAGUUGACUAAGUCCCACAUCAGGUCUAAUAAAUAGUGUUUCUCCUGAUUUAGGGGAAGACAGGUUGAGAUUAACUGCUGAUAUCUCCUACCUGCAUUGUCUCGUUCUGGUUACUUCGUUUUUGUGAGUCUUGCAGCUUUACAGAGCAGCUAUUGUAAGAUUUCAGACUUUGGAGGGUGUUAUAUAGGGGUAUUUGAAUUUGAUUUGGGAACUUCGACUACUUUGCAUGUGAAUGCUUCAGGGUUUCCUUGGUUCAGACCUACUGGCAACAGAGCCAGCCUCGUCCCUUACCUCCACCCUGUAUGCCUCUCCCCACCCCAUAUUUGAUAAGCUCUGUGAGGUCUAUGUUAUAUUACUGAGGAGCCCUGGUUGCCACGCCCCUGGAAAGUAGGAGCUGGCCGCCCUCAGCUUCAGCAGCUCUCAGGCAGGAGCCUGAGUGGAUGCAGCACAAUGUGCUGCAAGUAUUUCUUGGGAGGAAAAAGCCUGAUCCAUCACCCUCAUCUUAGGAACUGUUACUUGGAUUCUCCUUAGUACCUGUUCCUUUCCACUUUGGCUUGACUUUCAGCCAUCUUGACCUUUUCCUGGCCAAAUGUCCUCUUGGGCCCAAAUGACCAUUGUUCCCAUAGUCUUCUGGAAAUCAAACUCACUUCCUGCUCUGCUCUGUAAUCUCUAACAUUUCCAUGAGAUGACUUGCUCUGUAGCUUAAUCUUACUUAGCCUACCACCACUGUGGUAGUAGGUUUUAGGUCGUGGUGUAGUGCCUUUUGAUUAAUUUAAAUAUUUAAUUUUCAUCUUUCUUUCUUGGAUCUAUUUGGCCUCUCCUAUGACCUGAGAUUUCUGUUAAAAAGAUUGUUACUGUCUCUUGUAAUAGACAAGACUAAUAAAGUGUCUGUGUGUGUC